CAAAAAUAAAAGAGAAAAAAAGCGGCAGACUCACUAAGAAAAUAAGUUGAACAGCGCCGCCAUCUACCGCCGCUGCCCUCCACCUUCAUCAAACCGCCGUUCGGAAGCCCAUCGUUCCGUACGAAACAAAGAAGUCACCAAAAUGAGUGGGCCGGCUCCAAAUGAUUACGAGGAUAACGACGAAGAGACUUUUCUCGAUGAAAGUGAUAUAAUCAACGAGUAUGAGGUCGAUGAAGAAGAACUCCCGGACGCAGAUGAGGAAGGUGGCUCUGAUGGAGAAGAUGAUUCUGAUGGGGUUGAUGAUUCAAUACAUAUAUUUACCGGUCAUACAGGUGAACUGUACACAGCUGUCUGUAGUCCAACAGAUGCCGCACUAGUCGCAACUGGAGGUGGAGACGAUAAAGGAUUCCUGUGGAAGAUUAAUCACGGAGACUGGGCUUUUGAGUUGCAAGGUCACCAAGAUUCUGUAUCUAGCCUGUCGUUUAGCGCAGACGGGCAGUUGCUUGCAUCUGGAAGUUUGGACGGAGUUGUUAAAGUAUGGGAUAUAGCUAACGGAGAAUUAAAAUGCACCCUUGACGGUCCAGCUGGUGGCAUUGAGUGGGUGAAGUGGCAUCCGAGAGGACAUGUGGUCUUGGCUGGUUCAGAGGAUUCUUCCGUUUGGAUGUGGAAUACCGACAGGGCUGCUUAUCUGCACAAUUUCGCAGGUCACGCGAGUAGUGUAACAUGUGGCGAUUUUACCCCUGAUGGUAGAACAAUUUGUACUGGUUCUGAUGAUGCAACUCUGAGAAUUUGGAACCCGAGAACGUCGGAAGUUAUCCAUGAUGUUAGAGGUCAUUUUUAUCAUGGUGAAGGGCUCACGUGCUUGACAAUCAGCUCCGACUCUACUCUUGUGCUUACCGGGUCAAGCGAUGGUUCUCUUCACAUUGUUAAUAUAACAACUGGGAAGGUCGUCAGUUCUUUAGAGAAACAUUUAGAUUCGGUCGAGUUUGCUGCUUUUGAAGCAAGCUCUGGAAGGGAGAGUUGGAGGGCUGCCACAGGAGGCAUGGAUAAGAAGCUUAAAAUCUGGGAGCAUCAUUCUCCAUUGCCUCGUUGUGUAUGUGAUCACGAGGAAGGUGUGACAUGUUUGCUGUGGCUGGCUAAUUCUAGAUAUAUAGCCUCUGGUUGUGGUGAUGGAAAAGUAAGAAUAUGGGAUAGUUUGUCGGGGAAUCUUGAAAGAAUAUUCAGCGGGCACUCCGACUCCAUUCAGUCAAUUACUGCAUCUUGCAAUGGAGAUUUUCUAGUCUCCGUUUCAAUCGAUGGAACCGCUCGUGUUUUCGAGAUUGCAGAAUUCAAAUAAGGUCUCGAUUUUUCAACCAUGUGCUCGUUGUUUCUUCUUCGGUGCUCCUUUCAUACAACAGCUUAAUAUAUAAGUGAGUUAAUCGUAUUCAGAUCCAUACAUGAAUAUAUUUAUGCUUUCGAUGCUUUGGGAUUCGGAUUUUGCUAAGUUUUUGUUUGGAAUUGACGAGGGAGGUUUAUGUAUUCAAAUGGUCCAUCAUUUUGCUUAUUGUCCUCUUUUUCUUCAUUAAAAAAUUUACCCUCUUAUUUUACUCUC